AUGUCCAGCAAAAACAAAGGCGUGGUGACCUUCGAGGGUCACCGUAACUUCAGACUCCGUUUGAUCUUGUCGACGUUGUCGGGCAAGCCCAUCAAAAUCACAAAAAUCAGAUCCAACGACAUGAACCCGGGUUUGAAGGACCACGAGGUAUCUUUCUUGAGGUUGUUGGAAGCAGUGACCAACGGUUCCCGUAUCGAGAUCUCCUACACAGGUACCACUGUUGUUUUCAAUCCAGGUAUCAUUAUUGGUGGCGAGCUCACCCACAACUGUCCCACAACAAAGCCAGUUGGAUAUUUCAUCGAACCCAUGUUGUACUUGGCGCCAUUCUCCAAAAAGAAGUUUUCCAUCAUAUUCAAAGGCUUGACUGCAUCAGACAAGUCAAAAGAUGCCGGUAUUGAAGCCAUCAAGUGGGGUUUGUUGUCAGUCAUGGAGAAGUUCGGUGUGCGAGAAGCAUCCUUACACAUUUUGAAGAGAGGGUCACCUCCAUUGGGAGGAGGAGAAGUGCAUUUCAUGUGUAAUUCGCUCAUUCCCCAACCAUUGACCAUCCAUGCUCUUGAUGCUCCCAAAUUCUCUGCAAUCAGAGGUGUGGCCUAUUGCACUAGAGUCUCGCCUUCCGUGGUGAAUAGAAUGAUUGACAGUGCCAGACAGGUGUUGAGACCAACUGGGGUCGAAGUUAACAUUACUGCUGACGUAUGGAGAGGUGAAUCUUCAGGUUUGUCGCCCGGUUUCGGAGUAACUUUGGUUGCAGAGCUGAAAAAAGGAUGGAGAAUUUUGACUGAAGGUGUUGGUUCAGCCGGUUCUUUGCCAGAAGACUUGGGUGAAAAGGUAGCAUACGAAUUAUUGGAUGAAUUAACUAAGAGUUGUAUUAUUGGAAGAAAUCAAAUCAUGUUGAGUUUGGUGUAUAUGACUAUCGGUAAAGAAGACAUAGGAAGAUUGAAAUUACAUAAAGAUCAGAUCGAUGAAGACUUCGUGUGGAUCUUGAGAGAUAUCAAGAAUGUGUUCGACACUGAAGUGUUUUUGAAGGAUGGUGCCGAGGAGCCUAUUCCCGGUGAAGAACAAUACAUGACCGCAACCGUGAAGGGUAUUGGUUUUACUGCUGCUUCUAAGAAAAUCGCUUAG